AUGGAUAACAAUAUUGUAAUAAAAAAAUAAUGGUUCAUAAAAUCUUCAACAACAAAAAUUGAAGAUGCUUAUGAAUUUGAUCAUAAAAAGGUAUUAAAAUGAAGUGAUUGAAAAGCUACUUGGUUAAGGGACUUAUGGUUAGGUUGUAAAAGCUAAACUAAAGGGUUCAAAAUAUUAUAGAGCUAUAAAAAUUAUACCAAAGAGUAAAGUUAGAAAUCCUGACCGUUUUAGACGAGAGAUAGAAAUAAUGCGAAAUUUAGUAUGAAUAACAGAAUAUAUAAUUAGGAUCAUCCAAAUAUCAUAAAAUUAUAUGAGACUUUUGAAGAUGCUAGAAAUGUAUAUUUAGUAAUGGAGUAAUAAUUAUAAUGAUUUUAGAUUAUGUGAAGGAGGUGAACUAUUUGAUAAGAUUAUUGAUAAAGGUCAUUUUUCUGAGAAUGAAGCAAGAAUCACAAUUUUGUAAAUAAUGUAAGCUGUUAACUAUUGUCAUUAAAAUGGAAUAUGUCAUAGAGAUUUGAAACCUGAAAAUUUUUUAUUAUUAACAAAGGCUGAUGAUUCACCUUUAAAAGUGAUAGAUUUUGGUUUAUCAGUUAUAUUCCAUGAUAAUCAUGUUGAAAAAUUGACAUAAGGAAAAGUUAGUAUGACAACUAGAGCAGGAACACCAUAUUAUAUAUCCCCUGAGAUUUUAGACGGUAAAUAUGAUGAAUCUUGUGAUAUAUGGUCAGCUGGAGUAAUUCUAUAUAUACUAUUAUCUGGAGUACCUCCAUUUUAUGGAAAUACAGAUCCAGAGAUAUUAGAUGCCGUUAAAAAAGGCAUUUUCACAUUUAAUAGUAUUUUAUCAGAAUAUUAUUUAGUUCCUGAAUUUAAAAAGGUUUCUGAAGGUGCUAAAGAUUUGAUUUCAAAAAUGAUAUGUAAGCCAGAUAAACGUAUAAAAUCUCAUGAAGUUCUUUAACACCCAUGGAUGAAAUAAUAAACAGCUGCUGGUUCAUUUUUAAGCGUUAAUUACUAAUCAUUAAAGAAUUUUACAAAUUUUAAUAAAUUAAAAAAGGUUAAGAUCAUAACUAUUAUUAUUUAGGUUACUCUAACUUAUAUAGCUUCUUAAUUAUCAGAAUAAGAAAUUNAUAAUAAACUUUUUUUAAUUUUAUUUUGA